CCUGUCACUCUUCGAUAAGCAUUCAUUAUGCGUAGGAUCCCACAGCAAAUACCAGAAUUGGUCGGUAGAUUGAUCAAAUCUGAGCAUAUAUCGAAACAGCCAACAUGGUACGCUGCUGCCAUGGCCAAUCCUCCCCCUACGCUGCCGCCGUACGAAUCUAGACCAAGACCACCACUACAUAUCAAUGACGGUCGUGCUUCUGGUUCCAACACGACUGUUGAAGGGCGACCCAUCCCAUCUCAGGGUCUGAAGUUUAACGCACUCCAAAUUGAACGUCUCAGCAAAAAACAACCCAAGUAUGGAGCGAGGAUCGUGACGAAACCCAGGAAGAUCGUUUACCCUGAAGACAGGCUAAGACUUCAGUUCUUCAAAGACUUCCCCUUUGAAGCGAUGCGACCCGUCUCGUUGGUGGAGAUGCGGACCGUAGAAAUGGACAAGGGUGUCACGGGUACUGCUUGGAAGACAUUGAGACAACGAGGUGCCUAUCCCACAGUCGAGAACGUUGUUGCCUUCGUUCUGAAUCUUAUCGAGUCUCAUGGUUACCUUUACUCUGCGGCAUAUACGGAAGCAACGAAGCAAUUUGUCGAGCUUCGAGCGAUGCACGAAAUGUCCACCUUGGCGGCUGAGCUAGAAGCAAGGCACUAUGGUGCAGAAUUUAAUAUCGAUCCAUUUACUCGAGCACACAUGAAAGAGAAUAAAGCGUUGGAUGCACAUCUGUCAGCGACUCAACGUGGAGAACGAGUUGUGUCAACGAGGAUAAAGUGGAAAAACCCUAGGAAGACGAGAUGGGGUACAGAGUUGCACCCUGACGCCGUGACGCAAGGACCCUUCACUGGAGGUCAGGCAUAUGUCGAAGCUUGGAGAAGACGGGCAAUACCCAAGGCCGCCUCCUCCAAGGCAGCGCAGUCGCCUAGUAGCGAAGGUCCGUCCGGUCAGAAGCCGCUGCGCGUCGCUGCUGCCGACGAGGCGCACACUGGAGAGGCGGGAGAUGCUGCAACAGGAGAGACCGUGGACAUCCAAGACUCUGUCUUGCAGACCAUUCCUACGCCGAAUUCCCCAACGCCCCAAAACGCACAGGCUAGCGAUCAUUAGUGUAAUUAGGUAUAGCGGAUAUAGCAUACAAACUGCA